AUGGUCAAGGCGAUUCCAGCAUACUUUGUUGAUGGACUCAAUCGGAUUCCUGAUUUAAUAAGCAUCAUUUACUAUCAAUGUAAUAAAGUCGAAUUAUAA